AUGUCCACCCCGCCCACCGCCCCCGACGACCUCCCCUCCCAUCCCAACCCCAAACCGCGCGCCACCCGCACCCGCCGUCCCCGCGGCCCCACCACCCAGUCCGCCGACGUCCUUCUCUCCAAAGCACUAAGCUACACGCUCCGUCACGGGGCGGCACGGGAAGGCCUGCCAUUACGCGCGGACGGCUACGCCUCGGUCCCGUCGCUCCUCGCGCUGUCCAAGUUCCGCAAGCUGGACCUGACAUUCCCACUGCUGCAACAGGUGGUGGAGGGGAACGAUAAACAGCGGUACGCUUUACUUCACGAACCUACUUCUUCAGGGGGCUCGGGGGGCGCGGGGGAGGGGGGCGCAAAGGAGGAGGAAGGGGAGGGAUGGUUUAUCCGCGCGAACCAAGGGCACUCUUUACCCUUGAGCAGCGAGGCGCUCUCGCUCACUCCCCUGCUGGGCGCGGACCUGCCGGAGACGCUGGUCCACGGCAGCUUCUACGCCUUCCUGCCCGCGAUACUUUCCAGCGGCGGGCUGGCACGGCAACGGAGGACGCAUGUGCACCUUACCACGCCCUCCUCGCUCACCUCCCUAGAAUCUGGCAGUGCAGUCUCCGGCAUGCGUAAAGACGCAGAAGUCGUCUUCCACAUCGACGCGCGGGCGGCGAGGGAUAGGGGCGGGCUGAAGUUUUGGAGGAGCGCCAAUGGCGUGCUCCUGACGGAGGGGGAUGAAGCGGGUAGGUUGAGCAUGGAGUUUGUUAGCAGGGUUGAGGAUCGGAAGGGCGAGCUGCUCUGGAAGGAUGGGAAGUUGCUGAAGGAGCUGCCGGAGGGGAGGAGGGUGCCGAGGGGGAAGGAACAUGUUGUGAGCGGCGGGAGGGGGAGGGGUGGGAGAGGUGGUGGGAAGGGGGGUGAUAGGAGGAAGGAGGAGGGGGCGGAAGGGGAGAGCGGGGUGGAAGAGCUCAAGACUGAUACAACGGGUGUAGAGGGCGGAAGGGGUGGCAAGAAGGGUGGGAAGGGGAGGAGGAAGGGGAAGGCACCCGAGACAACGGAGGACAGGAUGGGGGAUCUGAAGAUUGAUGCUGGAGAUGUCUAG